AUGGCAGCUGGAGCAAGUUCUUACCGUGGUAAUCUUGUCAGAUCCGAAGCCGAGUUGUCCAUCAAUAUCCGAAAGGCCACCAACACCGACGAAACGGCGCCGAAGCGAAAACAUGUGCGAAGCUGCAUCGUCUACACAUGGGACCACAAGUCGUCCCAGUCCUUCUGGGCUGGCAUGAAAGUGUACGUGCAACCCAUUCUUGCCGACGAGGUCCAGACGUUCAAGGCCCUAAUCACCAUCCACAAGGUGCUGCAGGAGGGCCAUCCCGCUACGCUUCGAGAGGCCAUGGCAAACCGUGGUUGGAUCGACAGUUUGAACCGAGGUCUCGCAGGCGAGGGCGUCCGAGGAUACGGCCCCCUGAUCAGAGAAUAUGUCUACUUUCUGCUGGCGAAGCUGUCUUUCCACCAACAGCACCCAGAGUUCAACGGCACUUUCGAGUAUGAGGAGUACGUGAGCUUGAAAGUCAUCAAUGAUCCUAAUGAGGGUUACGAGGCAAUCACAGACCUCAUGGCGUUGCAAGACAAGAUCGAGCAAUUCCAAAAGCUCAUCUUCUCGCAUUUCCGAAACGUGGGCAAUAACGAGUGCAGAAUCUCGGCGUUGGUGCCGUUGGUCCAGGAGAGCUAUGGUAUUUACAAGUUCAUCACGAGCAUGCUGCGCGCCAUGCAUUCUACAACCGGCGAUACCGAGGCAUUGGAGCCAUUGCGACAGCGUUUUGAUGCCCAGCACUACCGACUCGUCAAGUUCUACUACGAAUGCUCUAAUCUGCGAUACCUCACGAGUCUCAUCACCAUCCCGAAGCUGCCUCAAGAUCCGCCCAAUUUGCUUGCCGAAGACGAAGAUGCUCCAUCCCUGCCCGCGCGACCGAAGCAGGAAAUCGAACGACAGCCCACGCCACCACGCCAGCCCAAGACCGAAGAGCCCGAUGAAAUUGCCGAGUUCUGGCAGAGCGAGUUGGAUCGACAAAACCGGGAAUACGAAGAUCAGCAGAGGGUACUGCAAGAGCGUCAACAACAGGCCCUGAUGCAACAGCAACAAGCGCAAAUGCAAGCGCAGCGCGAAUACGAGGAUGCCCAGCGUCGUCUAGCAGAGCAGCAGCAACGGGAGCAAGAGGCCUUGAUGGCGCAGCAAUUCCAAAUGCAGACUCAGGGACGCCUGGCAGAACUCGAGCAGGAGAACUUCAAUGCUCGAGCUCAAUAUGAAAGGGAUCAGUUGAUGCUACAACAGUACGACCAGCGAGUGAAGGCUUUAGAAAGCGAGCUCGGCCAUAUACAGAGCAGCUUCGGACAGCAAAUCACGAGCAAGGAUGAUCAGAUUCGUGCGCUUCAAGAGCAGGUCAACACGUGGCGGACCAAAUACGAGGCUUUGGCGAAGCUGUACUCGCAACUUCGCCACGAGCAUCUCGAUCUGCUGCAGAAGUUUAAGUCAGUUCAGCUGAAAGCAGCAUCCGCCCAGGAGGCCAUUGACAGACGCGAAAAGCUGGAGCGGGAAAUCAAGACCAAGAACUUGGAGUUGGCGGAUAUGAUUCGGGAACGAGACCGCGCCCUCCACGACAAGGAUCGCCUCCAGGGCGGCCAGAAAGACGAGGUUGAAAAGCUCAAGCGUGAAUUGCGAAUGGCGCACGACCGGGCCGAUAACCUCGAGCGAAGCAAGGGCAAUGAGCUUUCUACCAUGUUAUCCAAGUACAACCGGGAGAUGGCCGACUUGGAGGAAGCGCUGCGGACUAAGUCGCGUGCUUUGGAAGACGCCCACGCCAAGCUCAACGAUGGCAGCAGCGACCUCGAGGCAUUGCUCCGUGAGAAGGAAGAGGAGCUCGAGGUCUACAAGGCUGGCAUGGACCAGACCCUGAUUGAGCUCAACGAGCUCAAGCUCAACCAGGGCGAUACCGACCAUGCGUUGGAUGGCCAAAUUGAUGCCCUCAUCAUGGCCAAUCUUGACAAGAUCAAUGAAAUCAUCGACUCGGUGCUGCAAGCGGGUGUCGCGCGGGUUGACGAUGCUCUCUAUGAGCUGGAUUCUACCAUGCAAGCGGGUAACCAGAAUGCAUCGCCGCCAUAUGUGUUGUCGCAAAUCGAGAAGGCUUCAGCAAGCGCCAUGGAGUUUGCUACGGCUUUCAACAACUUUAUUGCGGAUGGGCCAAACGCAAGCCAUGCCGAGUUGAUCAAGGCAAUCAACGUCUUCUCCGGUGCGGCAGCUGACGUAUGCAGCAACACCAAAGGUCUGACCCGAUUAGCACCCGACGAGAAGAAGGGCGAUGCGCUCAUGAACGGCGCGCGCCAAGCUGCGCAGUCGUCGGUCAAGUUCUUCCGCGGCCUUCAAAGUUUCCGACUGGAGGGCAUGGAUCCAAUCCAGAAGACGGAUGUGGUCAUCAAUAGCAACAACGAUGUGCAGAUGAACUUCCAGAAACUGAACAAGCUCGUCGAAACAUUUGCGCCCGCUGGCCGCCUGGCCAACAACAAGGGCGAUCUGGGCGACCUGGUGGAUUCCGAGCUAAGCAAAGCAGCCGACGCCAUUGCUGCUGCUGUCGCUCGUUUGGCCAAGCUGCGAAACAAGCCUCGGGAUGGAUACAGCACGUACGACCUCAAGGUUCAUGAUUCGAUUCUUGACGCUGCGACGGCCAUUACAAACGCCAUUACGCAACUGAUCAAGGCCGCCACUGUUACUCAGCAAGAGAUUGUGCAGGCAGGCCGUGGAUCGUCGUCGAGGACGGCUUUUUACAAAAAGAACAACAGGUGGACGGAAGGUCUCAUCUCGGCUGCCAAAGCCGUGGCUUCGUCCACGAACACGCUCAUCGAGACUGCCGAUGGCGUACUGUCUAAUCGCAACAGCCCAGAGCAACUCAUCGUUGCAUCGAACGACGUGGCGGCCUCGACGGCGCAGCUUGUGGCGGCCAGCCGUGUCAAGGCAGGCUUCAUGAGCAAGAGCCAGGAGAACCUCGAGCAAGCCAGCAAGGCUGUGGGUGCGGCAUGCCGAUCUCUCGUGCGCCAGGUGCAGGCCAUGAUCAAGGAGCGCGGCGAGGACGAGGAUCAGGUAGAUUACUCCAAGCUGGGCUCCCACGAGUUUAAGGUCAGGCAAAUGGAGCAACAAGUUGAAAUUCUGCAGCUUGAGAACCAACUCUCGGCUGCGAGACAUAGACUCGGCGAGAUGAGGAAGAUUUCGUACCAGGAGGAAUAG